CAAAUGGAGCUUGUGUCCUGCUUGCAUCGCCGGUACAAUCUGUAUCGACAUCCUCGCGGAUCAGCUGCAGCGGACGUCUCAUCCCGUCAUCCUCAACAUGGAUGUUGAGAAGGGGAGGUCUUUCAUCUCAUGGCUCCGCUCCGCUCCAGCAGUACUUCGGAGGACUUGGCCGCAUCACUCGCUCCGUGCAGAUGUGCAGUAAAGGCAGCCGCGAUACAUCUGCCACUCACUGCAUCGUUAUGUUAGAGCAUCCCGGUAGCAGACAACACUGCGACUAUCCUCAUUGAAAGCCGCCAGAGAUCCCACGGAAAGUGCUGGGCAUCGGAAGGUCGGAUACCUCGUAUCGUUCAUGAAGCUGCGACCAUGCUGCAGAAGCUACCGUGGCAUGGCUGGAAAGUCGAGACAUCAAGGUUGCAGUCGCGGACAGUGUCGCGGUAGGAGGUACGACGUCGAUGGACACCAUCGGCAUGUCUAGAGCCGUGCGUGGUAUGUGAGCGGUACAGCGUGUUAGCACAUCGGAGUGGUCGGCCGUUUUGCAGGCUCAGGGAGAUUCCGAGACGCAAUUGGCUAGCAUCCUAGUAAGUUGGCCGUUAACCUACAAGUAAGGUCGAACGGUGACCACUCCGAUGUGCCAAUACGCUGUAGAG